UUCUUCCCGCUCUCACUCUUUCCCUCCUUCCCUCUCCAAUUGACUAUCAUCGCCAUAGAUACGAGGUUUUCCCGUGGAAUCAAAGCGUGGUGCUAUGGCUUCCAAACGCUCCUCCAUUGUUCAUCAACCUCAACCUCUACAAGCUGGCUUCCUCCACUUACCCCGCAAAAAACCUAAGAGCCUGCCGCCCUCGGAUGAACUUGCAUCCAAAGUUGGGGAUAACAUUCCGUAUUAUGCUGCGAAGGAUCUUCGUAUCAAGCGAGUUUUUUCUCCCAAUUUUGAUAAUCGCUCUUCGCUGCCAUCGGAAGGGCAGAUUAGCGACAGAGAAGCGCGGAUCACCCCCAAUGGAACUUGUCCAAAUGGAGAUAGUGGAGUCGGUAAAAGCUCCAUAACUGCAGAGGUACGGAAUGAGAAUUUUUGCAAUUCUAGUGGGUAUGUUGAAUUGGGCGAUGAGGAUCGGAGAUGUAGCGGGAAGAUUGUGGAACGGGUGCAUUCUACACCUCCUGAUGCGGAGGUUAUGGCUGGGGGUCUUGUGGCGGCUUCUUCAAAUGGAUGUCCUCGCUCAAGCAAUGGGAGCGUUUUAGGGGAUACUUGUGCGAAAGCUGACUGUAGAAUUGACGCUGUUACGAGAACCGGAUCGGUUCUCAAACCAUGUUCUAAACGGAAGUUAUUCAAGGCACCUGGUUCCAUUGCCUACAAAAGAUUGCUGCCCUUUUUGCCGGAUGGCGAUAAUUACAUCCUACGAGGUGAUUUGUGCUCAAAACGUGAAAAAAAAUUGGAGAAGAAGGAAAAUAUUGAAUCUAAUCUGUGUAAUCGUGCCAAUGAGUCAUCUUUUAUUGAUUCAGAUACUAGUGUAAAUAAUGCAGUUUUGGCCUACGGCAUAUCAUGUAACACUAUGAAGCUAAAUUCAACGCCUCCAUAUAAUGGGGAUGCUAAAAACUUUCAGAAUGGCAGUGAUUCAAGGAAUGACCCGACUUUAGUCAAAGAGAAUUCUGGUUUGAAAAGGGAUGUAGUUUCUGUCUCUUCUCUUGACAAAAAGCUGACAGAGAAUGGAGGGCCCUCAGAGCAUCAGAUAGAGGAUCGAUUCUCUAAUGAACAAUCCAAAACCUUCGUAAUUGAGAGGCUUGAUGGAGGAGAUCCCUUUAUAUCUUCAAAUCUUUCCUCAGAAGUAGACAACUUUAAGUCCCAUGUUUCGGAGAAGUUGUGUAACAAUGUUUCUGAGGAUAUCAAAUCAGAAAAUCAUUCCAAGGUAGAAAUCGAGAUAUCAUCAUUGGAUUCUAACAUUGCUUGUAACCUAGUGAAGGAAGAAAGGAAGAACGAAAAAGUGUCAUGCACUCGAGGCACAGAUCAAAAUCUUGGUAGUUCCACUGUUGGUGAAAAUGAUUUCAACUUUGCUACAGAGAGUGACAAGAAAUAUGGCCCCUGUGUUAGAAACAAAGUGGUUCGCAAUCCACUUGUACAACUGAAGUCGAAAUACAGCCAAGUUUCAGUUAGCUUUCGUAGGAUGCUUCCGUUCCUUACGGAUCUUUUUAAAGAUAACCCAGAGAACUGUGCUUCGGGAAACAUUGACUCUCCAAGACCGGAGAAAGAAUUGCCAACUAUGAAUUUGCAAUCACCGAGUUCAAAUUCUCACAAUUCCUGGGAUAGAUCAGAAGGCUUAGCAUCUUGCAACAUGCCAUGCGAUGGAAGUUUAGAUACUCCCUCAAUGCCUGGGUCGAAUACUAUGAACGAAAUGGUUUGUGAAACAGAAAAAGUUCUAUUGCAUAAUGGACUCAAUGAUGAACUUCUAUCAUCACCAAAAUUACAGAUGCAUCACUUGCAUUCUGAACAGGAGAUGUUGGAUACAUGUAUGUUGAAAGUGGACCCUCAAUUGCAUGAUCAAGCAGUCUUAUCUAGUUAUGAUCCGCUAACUGGAAAAGGAUCUAGAAUGGUCUCUCAACAAUCACCAAUCACUUCAGAAGUCUGCACAAAUUUGACAGAUAAUGUUUCUGAUGCCGCUAAACUUUCUGAGAGAAACAGCUUAGAACCUAAUUCUUUAUGCGUAGAAGGAUGUGUUCCAGUAAUUCGCAUUAAUGUUGGAAAGGGAAUUCCUAAGCAAAACCCACGAGGAUGCAGAGGAAUCUGCAAUUGUUUGAACUGUUCCUCUUUUCGUCUCCAUGCUGAAAGAGCAUUUGAAUUUUCUAGAAAUCAGCUGCAAGAUGCUGAAGUAGUUGCUUCAGACUUGAUGAAAGAAUUGUCGUUUAUCCGUGAUGUGCUGGAAAAAUGUUCUGAUGGUGCAUACGGUGAUGCUGGAUAUUAUUCAAAUAAGGUGAAAGAAGCUUGUAGGAAAGCAUCUGAAGCAGAGUUAGUUGCAAAAGACCGCCUUCUACAAAUGAACUGCAAACUUGACAUUCAAAGCAGAAUCAUGUGCCCCCAACGACCAAAUGUUAGAUUUUCUAGUGAAAUUAAGAAAAGAAAGAUUGAAGGUGGCAAAUAGAGCAACGUGAUUGAAGACUUGGAAUCUGAAUAGUGUGACAAAAGUUACAGCCUUCACUCUUUGUGCAUAUGUGACGCUAGGAUUGCAUGAAUGAAUUGGAUGGUCUUUCUUUCCAUGUGAAAGGCAUUUGCAUCACAGAGUGAAAGGAUUGCUUCUUGACGAGAAGGAAGAAAAAGGUUUCAUUCUGGUUGACCUCUAAAUAUGUGGUAAGUUUCAUAACCUUUUCUUUCUCUUUAAAAGAAGGAUCGUAUCAUAACAGUAAUAGAGUAAAUUAUGUAUACUGUAGAUUCUUGGUGGGUUGGUAAGGGGUGUAAUAUUAACUUCAUUGAUAUGAUCUUGAGUUGAAAUUAAGAGUGAGUGAUUUAGUCAUA